ACAACAUUUACGAUAUGAUAAAUUUUAACAACAUUCCAUCUCUUAUGUUUAUACUUUAUAGAAAGUGUUAUUUCAAUAUUUACGAUAUGAUGUCCUACAUGAUAACUUCAUUGGGGCUAUUUGUCUCAAGGACAUCAUCACAAGCCAAAUCUCUCUAUAGAUUAUGUAGGGACUUGAAGAUGUGAACCUAAAGAACCAUCUCUAUCACUGAUUAAGUAGUAACUUCUUCUCAGUGAUAUUUAAAAGAGAGGACCACAUGACUUGAUCAUAUACAGACAAAGUCACAAAAACCUUCAACAUUUUCUGUGGCAGGAAUUGAAAAUUGACAAGUUAUAAUGUCUUAUCUAACUAACAAGUGGUCAUGUUGAUUUGUGUCUUCACAUCAGAAAUGAUGAAGUUGAUCACUAGCGGUCCCUUACAUACCAUGCCGUGGUCCGGCAAAGCCAUGUGCUGGUUGGUGUUAAUUUAUGAACUGAAACUUGUCUAACCAAAAUAAAACGUUAUCUUCAAACAAUGCCCUUAUCUAUAUAUACUGGACUCAUCAUUAGGUCCUUUUUAUGCUCUUCAAGUUCUCACAUUCAGCAGUAAAGAAUUAAACUUACAAUUCAAGAAACACACAAAGACAAUCCAUGGCGAUCAGGGUACCUCGCGUGUUACAAUCAUCAAAGCAGAUUCUCCGUCAAGCAAAACUGUUCUCUUCUUCUUCCUCUAGCUCUAUUGAUGUUCCAAAAGGCUACUUAGCGGUUUACAUAGGAGAAAGGAAGAUGAAGAGAUUUGUAGUUCCCAUUUCGUACUUGAAGGAACCUUCAUUUCAAAAUCUACUAAGAAGGGCAGAGGAAGAAUAUGGAUAUGAUCAUCCAAUGGGUGGCCUCACAAUUCCUUGCAGUGAAGAAACCUUUAUCAACCUUGCUUCUCGCCUCAACUGAUCGAUCAUGCAUGGCUCACUCGAAUAACCUUUUUUCAUUAUUGAUUUGUACAUUUUUUUCUAUUCCGAAUUAGUUUUCUUCAAGAGAUGAGAUGAGGAUGACAUCUCUCCUUGAAAGUGAAACAGAGACAUUGUAACACUCUUUUUUCCUCACUUAAAAAGUGAGUUGAUUCAAAUAUAUUAAACCCCAUGCAUGAUU